AUGACAAGAGAAGGUAGCUUCCACAAAGCACUGUAUGAUUCAACUCUAGUUUCUGGAAACUUGACAGUUGUUCUGUCAAGUGUGGGAUUGAUUGAACUUCUGGGCCUUUGCAUGUAUGGUGCAUUGAAUUUCAAUACUGAUGCUGCCGAUUCCAUUCCAGGAGAAAGACAACCUACAGAUAUAAACUGGGUAAAUAAAGAUAGGAAAGACUCCAACAGUAAUCAGAAUAGAAGAAUACCAUUUCCUAGUCUGUCUUCUGAAAGAGGUACGGAUUAUGAAAGCUCUUCCACAAAGCAUCAUGGCUUUUGUAAUCCAGAAAGUCAGUAUGGGAAUUCUGAAGACUUCCACCAAUAUUUUGGUACCAGUAAAAGUUUGAAGAAUCGCAACUUGCAAAGCCAGAGGUGGCACAGAUCAAGAAACGAUAGCACGUGUACUAGAAGUAAAAUAAGGCAAGGUACUGCUGAUGCUGCUGCAGGUCCAGGGAUUUCAGAUGCUGCAAUAGUACCUGGGAGAAGAGCACCUCCUAGAGGGUACAAUGACUUUCUCUCCUCAGAGAGUGACAGGGAGGUACCUAAUGCAGAUAGUAGAGGAGCAAAGCCAAAGAAAACACAUCUGAUGCAUGCAUCUGGAAGAGGUUUCAGGGAGAAGGGAAAGCAAGUACCUGAUCGGGAAAAGAGAGUGAGCUCUAAACAGAAAGUAGAGCUGUUUGAAAAUGUUCCAUCUUUGGAUUUGACUCAGUCUGACUCAUCGGAAUCAUCUGUUGGAAAGGCAUUCUGUGAUGCACCUGUUGGUAGUGGGGAUGAGCAGAAAGGCUACAAUUAUGUAAACAAAAGAUAUCCCCGGAAGCCUGUGUGGAAUAAACCCCCAGUAGAAAAGGAGUGUCAGAAAAGACAUGAUUCUCACCGUAGUAAAAAUACAAAAGUAGGUAAGAAGUCUUCUCUUGCAUAUACUCCGAAAGAUAAAAAUGAAAGGAAGAAAGAACUCUCUGUUCACAAAAAUGAUGAAAACUUGACCAGUGAAAUCAGGCAUCCAUUGUCUGAUUCUGUCAGAUGUAAUGGAAGAAAGUUCCUGCUAAAGGGGGAUCAGGCACCUGCACUUCAUUUCAGCUGGACCCAGUACUGGAAAAAGCAAAGUGAUGUACCAAAAAACAAAGAAACUCAUACAGGGUCGUUGAUUGAACAGCUGACCACAGAGAAGUAUGAGUGCAUGGUAUGCUGUGAGGUGGUCCGAAUAGUAGCCCCAGUGUGGAGCUGUCAGAAUUGUUACCAUGUAUUCCACCUGAAUUGCAUUAAGAAGUGGGCACGAUCACCAGCUUCACAAGCUGAAGAUGGUAAUAGUGGUUGGAGAUGUCCAGCUUGUCAGAAUGCUUCUACACAAGUUCCUAAAACUUACACUUGUUUCUGUGGUAAGGUGCACAAUCCUGAAUGGAAUAGAAAUGAAAUCCCACAUAGCUGUGGGGAACUUUGUGGAAAGAAGAGACAAUGUUUGGACUGUCCACAUCUUUGUAACAUCCUGUGCCAUCCAGGACCUUGCCCUUCGUGCCCAGCCUUUGUGACAAAAACAUGUGAAUGUGGACAAACAAGUCAUUCAGUUCGCUGUGGCCAAUCAACAAAAAUUCAUUGUUCUAAUGUAUGUGGAAAUACUUUAAACUGUGGUAAGCACAGCUGUACUCAAGUGUGCCAUGCAGGAAAAUGUUCACCUUGCCAAUUAACAGCACAGCAAGUGUGUUACUGUGGAAGCAACUUUAAAGAAGUAUUGUGUGGGACAAAGGAAGAAUUCUCUGAUGGAUUUGGGAAUUUCUCAUGUCAGAAUAUAUGUGGCAAAAAAUUAAAUUGUGGGAGGCACAACUGUACGCAAGUAUGCCAUCCUCAGCCUUGCCAGCUCUGUCCACGACUUCCACAAGUAGUGUAUCGCUGUCCUUGUGGUCAGACUCCUCUCAGCAAGUUACUGGAACUAGGAUGUGUUGAACGUAAAAUAUGCACAGACCCUAUCCCAUCAUGUGGAAAAACAUGUGGCAAACCUCUUUCUUGUGGUAGCUAUGUUAACCUAGAAGUCCCAUGUACUCUCCUCAGAAAUAAAGCUGCUAUUACAUUCAUGUGUGACAAGCGAUGCAACAAGAAAAGAUCAUGUGGACGACACAAGUGUACUGAAGUUUGCUGUGUGGACACAGAACAUAAGUGUUCUUUGGUUUGUGGUCGUAAACUCAACUGUGGGCUUCAUAGAUGUGAAGAACCCUGUCAUCGGGGCAGUUGUCAAACAUGCUGGCAAACAAGUUUUGACGAGUUAACCUGUUAUUGUGGUGAAUCCGUGAUUUACCCCCCUGUCCCCUGUGGCACCCAGCCACCAGAGUGUAAAAAAACAUGCACCAGGCCACAUGACUGUGAUCAUCCAGUGUACCAUUCAUGUCAUAGUGAGGAGAAAUGUCCACCCUGUACCUAUCUCACUCAGAAAUGGUGUAUGGGCAAGCAUGAACUGCGAAGUAAUAUUCCUUGUCAUCUCACUGACAUUUCCUGCGGACUUCGCUGCAAUCAAAUGUUAAAAUGUGGAAUGCACAAAUGUAAAAGAAUCUGUCAUAAAGGAGAAUGUCUUAUAGAUGAAGAGUGUAAACAGCCAUGUGUUAUUCCAAGGCUAUAUUGUAAUCAUCCCUGUAUGGCUCCAUGUCAUCCUUCUUCACCCUGCCCGACAACAUCCUGCUGUGCAAAGGUUGAUCUUCAGUGUGAAUGUGGAAGAAGAAAGGAGAGUAUGAUUUGCUCAGAAGCAUCUAAUACAUAUCAAAGAAUAGCUGCUAUAUCUAUAGCCACUAAGUUAACAGAUCUACAGCUUGGGGAUUCGGUGGAAAUCAGUAGGCUUAUUACGAAAAAAGAAAUGAAGCAGGCCAGGUUGCAAUGUGAUGAAGAAUGCUUAGCUCUUCAGAGGAACAGGCGUCUUGCUGAGGCUCUUGAAAUAGAUGAUAAUUCUGAUCCUUUUAACAUCCGUUCUUCUGGACCAAAGUACAGUGACCUUUUAAAAGAAGAUGCGAGGAAGGAUUUAAAAUUUGUCAGUGACAUUGAGAAGGAAAUGAGAAUGCUUGUGGAAGCUGUAAAUAAGGGCAAGCAUACAAAGAAGAGCCAUUGUUACCCACCAAUGAACAGAGAUCACCGCAGAAUCAUCCAUGAAUUAGCUCAGGUUUAUGGCAUUGAAAGUGUGAGCUAUGACAACGAACCAAAGCGUAAUGUUGUCAUCACUGCAGUGAAAGGGAAAUCCAUUUGUCCAAGCAAUACCUUAACUUCUGUGCUAGAUAAAGAAAUGCAGAGCAGGGCUCCACCUCCUAUUCCUCAUUACAAACAAACAGAUAAGAGUAGUGGGAACAGUGGUUUAUCCAAACCAUUAAAAGAAGAGCCCGUAAUUGACUACUUUGAUGUCCAGGACUGAAGUGAUUGAUGUAGAAUUAUGAUACAGAAGCUUAGAGGUGAAGAUACUAAGUUAUUGUGUGAGGCGCUUUUUGGUUAUCUGUCAAAUGAUCAGUUGUUCAGCAUAGUCAUGAUUUAACAUCUAAGGUUACAUUCAUUGUGAUACUUUAAAAAGUUAUGCAUUUUUACAGUUUAUGUAACUGCAUAAUACCUAACAGUAGUAUAGCUUUUUAAACUUGGGUUUGGUGCAAUUUUUUAUCUAAUGUGCUGUCAGAAUGAUGUAGAUUUCCAUUGAUGCCUUUAAAGUGAGAGAACUGGUAAUCAAAUAUAUUUUUGGAGGUAGUAAGAACAAUGAUGAAUCUCAAAGAUUUAUUUUGACAUAUCUCACACAACUUAAAAUGGACCAGAAAUAAUCUGUGUUAAGAACACUGAUGGGAAUACUAAAGCGUUUUUUUCAUAUUUUAUUAAUUCACUUUUGUGUUAAUGUGGUAAAUUUGGGAAUUUGAGUUACUCUUCUACAUGGAAGGAAAUAUAAAAUUUAAUCUAAGUAUGAACGUAUACACUAAAUGCCCAUUAAAAGCACAGAAUUCCUUUCCUGAAGAACCAGGAUUUGGGGAAGGUGGGGAAUUAAGACUUAUUUUGCUUACCCAAACCCAAAAAAACCCAACUACCCCAAAAAAACCAAGACAAGAAAAUUAUGAAUCCUUUCUUACUCAAGAGCUUGAACAAAAUCAGACUUUAUAUAUUAUUUUGAUGUUCUAUUUGGUUUAAUUUGUAUUUAGAUAUAUUAGCUUGAUGGUCUUCUAGGGGGGUCUUUUUGCAUGGUUUUAUUGGGGGUUUAUAAUCUUUUUCUGUGCUGUGCAAGCUUAACGUGGAUGUGUGAAGUUUGGUUUAAGUAUGUUAUGAAUUUGGAAUAAUAUUUGUAAAAUUUAUAAGACCAUCUGUCUAAACUGUUUGGCAAUGGAAGAUCUUUGUUUUAUGGAAAAUGCCAUAAACAAAAUGGGAUAAUGGUUUAAACAGUGAAAGACACCGAAGUGGUCUCAUAGACGGUGAAUUGUUUCCAGAUGAUGAAUUAAGGUAGGUGAGUAGCUCUCUGGGAGAGGAGAUUGUAGGUCUGAUCAGAAGAGGUGACACAGCUCUGAAUUUGAGUAAUACCUGUUCACUUGAGAAGAACGUUUUUUGAACUAGUAAUUUUAGUAACUGACACUGAUGCGCUCUGUUUCUUGUUCCUUGUGGCUGGCUACAUGUAGCGCUAAAGGUGAGUCCCCUGUACAGCAUCAGAGGCUGCUGCUAAAAGGGGCUUAGCAUAAUGAAGAAACAGAUCUAGCAGAAGACUUGUCAUCUGUUGUUGAUUUUUUUUUUUUCAGCCAGCUCAUUGUGGUGUAGCAUGAGAUGUGUUGCCAAGAAAAUGGAAGGCAGUUAUCCAUGCUUAGAUUCACUUACAGUUAUCGCAUAACCCUGAGCCUUAACUGUGAAGCAUUCUGUGGCUACAUUUCAUCUUGAACAGCUUGUGAAACAUGAAAGAAUGAGCAGCAAACUCACAGACCAUAUCUGUCCCCCAAAAUGUUUUGAAAAUUAGAAUGCAUGCUGUUAUUGCCUAUUUUUGUAGGAGCUUAUUAUUUCACAUUAAAAAAAUAUGCAGUCUUACAUGUUUCUAAACAUUUGAAAUGCAUAUGCUUCAGGUAAAACAGUUACCAGAAGGAUUCUCAAACCUCAAGAAUGUUCAGGCUUUUAAUUUGCAUGUAGUGAUUUAAAUUGGUUUUACCUUUUUUUGUCUAAUAUUUUGUGAACAGAAAUGAAAAAUAAAUUAACAUAGCUUAUAUUGCCCUUAAUUUCUUAAGCAAAUUAAUGUUUGUUUCUACAAGGUGUACUGCUUUGCUAAGUUCAGCUGAAGAAGUAAGUUGUUCGGCAUCUUUCCAGGAAUGUAUUUCUUCAGUCCCUUCAUUGUGAGGAGUGUAUCUAUUCCAGUGCUUGCUCAAGUGCCAGCUCAGUGUGGCCAGACAAAGGCUAAUUCUGGUUUUGAAACUCAGAGCUAUGUUAAUAUAGCACUGUUUUCAAGCUAGUAACACCUGUUAGGGAGAAUGUACACAGUUAUACUGCAAAGGUAGGUUCUGGACAGGAGCAGGCACACACAUCCGGUGAGCUGAGAGUAUAAAGUUAGAUGCACGUACACUGGAGCACACGCAGUUGGUAUACCAUAGGUAGACCUAACAUUACAGAAAACCAAAGUGAUUUAGUUGAUAAUAAAUAGAAUAAAGCUGAAGCCUAUUAACUUUUCACAGAGUUUCACAUGAAUAUAGCUAAAACUUCACAUUUGCACCUCUGAUUUGAAAUUUAAAACUUAAAAGGUUUUGCUAGCAUUAUAUUUAGCUCUGCUCUUCGAAAUUUUUAUCAGAUUAUGGCUUUAACAUAAAAAUGUGAACCUUGGUGAGAUGCACUUCAGCAGUCAAGUAUUCUGCCACUGCUUUUAAUAAGAAAACCCAGGUAAUCUUCAGCUUCUGAAGUUGAGACUAAGAAUUAUUACUGAAUCUGUUCAUACUGAGAAGUCAUAAUUCUCAUCACUAAACCCCUUAACUACAUGAAUGUUAAAAUAUUUUUAUAGAUCUGUAUCUUACACAUCUCUCAGUCGUGGCUGUUGGAGCAUAUCUGUAGCUAUGAAGCAAGUCACAUGUACAGAAACAUUUAUUUUGAAAUGCAUUUUAAUAACUUGGUUAAAAACAUGAUACCAUACACUUACCCAGGAAAGUAAUACCAAAAAGAAAGUAUUGAUGUCUUUCUUCCCAGAACAUAGUUACAUAGCCUUAAGAAGGAACUCAGCAAAGUUUAACAGUGGUGCUCUCCUCUCUGUUCUGGUUUGCUUUUGCUGCAAUGUAUCUGUGACUUUCAUAUGGAAUAGUACUAAAGGCUGUAGUUUUGAUAUCUGUGAUAAUUCACCUUCAUAUUGCACGUGUGCCUCAUGGAAAUAUUUUUCAAAUAGCUAUUUUGUAAAUCUGAGCUGGCCUUUACACCUUUUAUCUAAUAGAAAAAUGAGUGGAUAAAAGAAAUCUCUGCAUCAGUGAAGUCAGUGGCAAAAAUCCUAUUGACAUCACUGGAACCAAGACUUAAGCUUCAAUAUACUAAUCAUUUUCCACAGCCCUAAGAAUAAUAUGAAAAAAGUACUCUGCAAUAAGCAUCUUUUGAAAUAAAUUAUGUGAUGUCAGUUGGAAUUCAUGCAACUUCAUGAAGUGCUUUUCAAGUUGUGUAUGAAAUAGGCAGAUACUUUGGCAUUUGGGCUGUGCUAUUACUUAUCUAUAUUAAAGUUUAAAGUGCUCUGAAUAUUCAGUGCUUGGGUUUAACCUAAAAUUGUGUAAGAUGCGUAAGUAGACUUCAAUACCACUGUCUCUGUGGCAGUUUUGUACAGUUUCUGCCGCAUAAUGAGCAAAGUAAAAUUGUUCUAAAACACUUAAGUUAUUUGUUGAAAGUUUUAUAUUUGACUUGAUUUUUUUUCAAGUUACUGGUAUAAAAUUACUUCCUUUAUAAACCUGAAAUAAAUCUAAGUUGAAAGUUCAGUGCUUUGGAAUUGUUUGCAAGCUUUGUCUUGGUAUUCCAAAGUUGGAAGACUGAGAUAUCACAGAGGAAAAAAUAAAGAUUUAAAUGGCAGUUUGGGGAGUCCUUUUCCUCAAAUUUUGAAAUAUGAGGUGUGAUUUCCUGCAUGUGAAGUGAUUUUAAAUGAAUGCUGUAAGGAGAAUGAAGCAAGUAAAGAGGGACUCCCCAGGAAAUGGAGAGUAAGGAUUAUCUGCUGCCUUCUUGGGAUUCAGAAGAAGGGAGAGAUUAUUAUCUGAAUAGAAAUGUACAUUUUGGUUAUCUGAAAAAACCUUUACUAUGUCAGCCUAAAUGCUACUUGGCAAUAAAAUGUAUGAUUCUA